AUGCAGAGAAUUGCAUCAGCACAAUUGGCAGACAACAAAUUUUCAUCCUUGAGAUCUUAUAAUUCUGGCAGUUUAGUUGAUUUUUUCUCUGAACCUGUUCAUCCUUUGGAACCACUUCAGAGUAAAGCAUUUGGCAUUCCACGACCACCUGGUCCUACAAGAUCUGUUAGCAUGGAUCUCUCCAAAGCACCAUUGGAAUCAACAGCAGCGUCUCAAGCUCCAACAGUGGAUCUGUUUCAAUCAUCUUUUUCAUCUGCAGCUCCAUCUUUCAAUGAGAAUCAUCUUACUCAAACAUCCCAGCUUGCAUCUAUUAAUUUGUUUGCCAAUCUAUCUGAGCAGCCUACUACUAAAACCUCAAAUGAAAAGGCACUGGAGUUAUCUGUCCCUAAAAAUGAAGGAUGGGCAACUUUUGAUGUGCCUCAGAGCACCUCCUCUACUGCACAAGUUGAAAUUCCUGCAACUGUACCCUCAAGUGCUAAAUCUUUACAAGAAAGAUUUGAUCCAUUUUCCACCUCAAAUGCAAACACACAAUGGCCGUCUUUUGAAUUUUCUGGUGUCGGUAUACCUUCUUCGCUUACAUCUAAUUCAUGGCAUGAUGGUCUGUGGAAUAGAGAAGAACAGGUUUCUACUAUGGCAGGAAACACUCAACCAUGGAAUGCAUUUGAAGAUUCUGGUGCCCAUCAUCCUGUGGAUGCCCUUAGUCAAGGAUUACAAAUGCACAAUUUGCCCUCAGCUGAUAAUCAAAUUUUGGGAUUAAGAGAGUAUGAGGGGUCCAAUAAAGAUGGAGUUAAAGGCAUUGCCCCUGUUGGUGGUUUUGAUAGUCAUGAGAUCCCAUCUCAUGUCAGUUGCUUAGCGUAUCCCCCACUAAUAAUUCCUCCAACGGGGGAUAUUCAAGCUAAUGGAAUGAAAUGUAAAACAACUAAUCCAUUUGAUUAUCCUCAUGAAUCUGAUGUAGAUCACAACGAUAUGUUUCUUGAUAUGGGCUCUUUGCACGAUGCUCUGCCAGAUGCCCUGUUUCCAGCCUCUUUCCAUACUGGUAUAGCUGAAUCAUGGCCGGUGACCCCUUAUAUUUCCUCUUCUGGAGAAGGUGGUUUGUCAUUCAUGGCGGUGCAAUCACCAGGUUCUCAACUACAGCAUUCAUUGACUGAGUUGCAUAUUUACAGGAACAUCCAGACGCCAGAACCAGUUGCUUCGUUUGGGGGAAAUCCUUUUGCAUAG